AUGGAGUCGCCCUUUUUUGACACGGAGCCUCAACCCAAGGCUGCGAGCUUCAAGGGCCGACUCCAGAUGCAAGAAUUCAUGUUCAACCCGACCAGCGAACCACCCAGCACCCGUAAUGCUAGUACUAUCACUGCCAACAAGGCUUCUCCAUCUCCUAGCCCUUCUUCCCGGGGACACCUCCGUCGGAGUCCACGGAAGCAGACUCCACUCGGCCCCGUACCGUCCCCGAACCGAGUCACCAAGCAGACGGCCAGCAGCCGCGCCGAAUUGCAAGCCCUCGAGUCCACUUCAACAUUAUUGUCUCUCAAAGUCGAAGAAGCUGAAGAAGCCUUACAAGACAUCUCCAUCCUAUCCAACGAACCAAGCCCAAAGCCAGAGCUAACCUCAAAACCGAAACCAAAACGCAAACGCAAGGCUGUCGGAGGCUACGCACCACCCUCAACCUACGCUCAUCUCCCCCACCUAACCGACAUCCUCGCGCCAGACCUCCUCAUCCUCUUCGUCGGCCUCAACCCGGGCUUGCGCACCGCGGCCCUCGGCCACGUCUACGCCCACCCCUCCAACCUCUUUUGGAAGCUCCUCUUCUCCUCGGGCAUCACCCCACGCCUCUGCGCCCCGACAGAGGACCGCGACCUGCCGGCGCUGUACGGGCUGGGAAACACCAACAUUGUCGCCCGCCCGAGCCGCAACGGCGCCGAGCUCUCCAAGGCGGAGAUGGAUGAGGGCGUCGGGGCCCUCGAGGAGAAGGUCAAGGGCUGCAGGCCCGAGGUUGUCUGCAUCGUGGGUAAGUCGAUCUGGGAGAGCAUCUGGCGGGUGAAGCACGGGAGGGGCAUCAAGAAGGAGGAGUUUCGGUAUGGGUGGCAGGAUGAGAACGAGAAUAUGGGCGUCGUUGUGAAGCAGGAGCAGGAAGAGGGGAUGGGAGGAGACUGUGUGCAGGCAUUGGAGGCGUGGGCUGGCGCCAAGGUCUUUGUUGCUACCAGCACGAGCGGUCUUGCUGCGUCGCUCCGCCCGGCUGAGAAGGAGAGGAUUUGGAGAGAGUUGGGUGCUUGGUGUGAACGAAGGCGGGCUGAAAGGGAGGCCGAAGCCGAAACUUGA